GUCACAGAAAUUUAAUUUAUUCGCUUCGAAAUGUGGUUGCAGACCAAAAAGCAGGAUCAGAUGCACAAUCUGCAAAUAUUACAAAGACUAACCAAAGAUUUUAAUAUCAAAAGGAAAAAAAAACACACACAUAAACUGCUAUACAUGCACAACAACAUAAGUAGCACAGCAUGUAUUACAUUAAUUUUUUUAAAUAUAGUCUUUCGUCAAUGUCCAUGUUCAUUUACAAACUAAAAUUAUUAUUAUUCUGAAUGGGGCGGUCGCUUCCUUGGCGCUGCCUAUAUCAUUGAAAACACGAGCAGAGCGCUGCAGUUACUUUGUCUGCUGUGACGAUAGCACAGCGAUGUUCCAGUGAACGUACAAAACCAUCUGGAUCAUGAAAACCCGUUUCUCUGUCAAUAUCAAAAGAUAUUUAGUAUAUCGAUGGCUUUUUUGUGGAGUAUGCUUUCAGUGUGUUUUUCCGAAAGAGCCACCUAAUCCUAGAUUGACACUCGAGCAAGGUGAUAAUCGACUGCCAUACGACAGAAAUUACAGCCAUACAGUUUUGUUUCAAGAGUCAAAUUAUUUGUUUAUUGGAGGAAUAAACAAUGUACUACAGGUUGAUGUGGACAGUGGUCAAAAAUUACUAAAGACUUUUACCCUGAGUUCAGAAAUAUGUGCUGAGAAGUCCUGUGAGAAUGUCAUCACAGUUAUUGAGCGAUUUCAAAAUUGCACAUUUGUGUGUGGAACGAACGGAGAAAAACCAACUUGUUGGAAACUGUAUCCUGGAGAAAAUAAUACUCUGACUAUGGAAGGGACUGGGAUCUCACCACACACAUGCACGAAAAACUCAUUAUCGCUGGUUGCAGAUGGAGAUCUCUAUGCUGCAGCUCCUCUGUAUAGUGAUGGGACUCUUCUGCAGUUUCGCAGGAGGGCUGGAAACCGAAUCAGUUUAUGGAUGCAUGAUCAGUGGCUCUCAGAACCCACUUUCAUUUCCAGUUUUCUGGCUAAACGCAACAGCGAUACCAUGAAUGAGAAGAUUUACGUCUUGUUUCGUGAGAAAAACUCAGACACCAGUCCAGAAGCAGAUCCUUGGAUUUCAAGGGUGGCUCGAGUGUGUAAGGUCGAUGAGGGCGGACCCAAGCAGUACCUGCAGAACAUUUGGACCUCAUUCCUAAAAGCGCGGCUUGUUUGUGGGAUUCCUAAUGAGUCGCUUUACUUCAACCGUCUGCAGGACGUUUUUGUCCUGCAUGCUGAAGAUUGGAGAGAAUCGCGGGUGUAUGCCCUCUUCUCUAGUAGCUGGAACUUUACGGCUGUCUGCAUAUAUUCCUUGGAAGCUCUUGAUGGUGUCUUUGAGAAAUCAUCAUUUAAAGAUUAUAAUAAGGAAAUUCCCACCCCAAGACCAGGAACGUGUGUACAAAACAGCAAAUCUAUUCCAAUGCCUACCCUUCACAUCAUUAAAGACUACCCAGAGAUGAACGACUGGAUUCAUCCGAUUCACAAAGACAAACCUUUCUUCACAAGCACCGACAGCUAUACGAAGAUAGCGGUUGACAGAGUCAACGCUUCUGAUGGAGACGUACACAAUGUGCUCUUGCUGGCCACAGACAAAGGCACGAUCCUCAAAGUCCUGGAGGAUGACUCCAAAGCCUUCAUCAUCUCAGAAACACAUCUGACCAAUGGCUCAGCACCCAUACAGUCUAUGAAACUUGACUCUGAAAGGAAAAAGUUGUUUGUAGGAUAUCCAAAUCAGAUGGCUGUGUUUGACCUGCAAAGAUGUCAGGACUACAAUGCAUCCUGUUGGGAUUGUGUCCUUGCCCGUGAUCCCUACUGCGCUUGGAGCGAAGACGGCUGCACGUCGCAAACAAAAGGAAUACAAAAUAUUGCUAAUGGAAGCACAAGUGAAUGCAGCAGAAGUCUAGGAAGAAUCAAACGAGACCUGUGCUCACCGCCACUCGUUUCUUUAAGAAUUCAACACACUGUGCCCACUGAUGUUCCCUUUUACCUCUCCUGCCCUGUCGAAUCCCAUCAUGCAACUUACAGGUGGGAACAUAAAGACAAGAACAACACAUGCCAGCAGACCCAAUCAGAAUGCCUCUUUCUCAUACCGGCAAUGACGACAGCCCACUACGGCACUUACAAAUGCAUGUCCCACGAACGCGAUUACACCAAAAUCGUAAAGGAAUAUGAGCUCCUUCCUGAGCCUGUUUAUAGUACUGCUGUACAGCGUAGAGCUCAAGAAUGGAUAUCGAUAUUUGUUACCGUUGUCUUUUAUCUUUGCUGCCUUUAAUGUCAAGGAAGUUUUAGAAAUGCCACUCCCUUCCUUCUAAUGCAUUUCUAAUUUCCAUUAAGCUAAUUAAUACCAUCAUUAAUGCACUGCUAUAUGCAAGCCACUAUAAAGUGUGUACGCCUCUUUUAAUAGCAGUGUUUGCAUUACCGUACCACAAGCAGGCAUGCCAGGGCUGGUCGCGUUUGCAGAGUCAAAUUCUUCGUGCUUUGGCAAAGGUAAGGUUUUUCUUGCCUGCCAAAAACCCUGGGCCAGAGCUGGCCUGUCUGGGCUAGAGGAGGGAAAAAGGUUUCUGUCAAGAUGCGCGUUUCACCUUUAUCUGUCAAUAAAGUUACCGGCUAUGUUCAUCAUUUGCACUGAAGAGAAUGAUCAGCAUUUUUAAAAACAAAGACGCGUUAAAAUACAGUGCCGAACUCGCCAUGUUAAGGAUCCAGCACACAACAAUAGUGGUUCAAAAGUUUUUUUUUAAGUUACGGGCACAGUACAAAGUGUUUUAAGUCCAGCAGUGUUGUAAAAUGAUAGAUGGUGUGUUGGAUCAUCAGUCCUUUAUUAGAGAAGAGAUCUCUCAAGUCACAAUGGCAGCGAGGUCUAGCGCAGGGCUAUUCAACUGGCACCCCAAGGGCCAAAUGCCCUCCGGUCAUCUUUGUCUGAUUUAAAAUCACCGUGGUUACUUUUACCACUGUACAUGACAACUGACGGCAGAAAAGAGAGUCGGAGUGCUAACCAUCUGCGAGUGCGUAAUUAUUGGAUACUAUUUAAGCUUUGGAUACAUAAAAAAAAACUUGUGCGACUACACCAAAUGUAACACGCCCGACCGGAAGUGAUGUACUGCAGUGCGUUCCAAUCAAGAAUAAAGGCUCUUGCGGUGGAAUGAGCUUCUCUCCCACGUUAACGCAAUUAAACAGAAAUUUCAUUACAAAACGGCCACUAGGGGGCGAACUCCAACAGUAGCAUCUGAAUGUAAUGUACAAUCGAACGGCGGUUCAUAUCUUUACAAUUUUAAAAAGAAAACAUAAAGUGCAAUUUUAGUAAAAAAAAAAAAAAAUUAACAUUUGUCUCUAAAAAUGUUAAUCUUGUUAAAAAGCAAUUUUUUAUGUAAAAAAAAGAAAAUAUGAGUUUUCAGUAAUUAAAAUGCAAAAUAUUGCAUACAUGAAAUGUGCAUCUUUUUUGAAAAUGACCUGUAACAAAAAGUAACAAAAACAACAUAAGAUAUAACAUAUUGUACUCGCUGGUAGUCUGAACGGGGCGAGAGAGGUGCUGUCUGUGUAGCCCUUGCGAUAUUAAAACAAUAACACCAUUGUCAUGUGAUCUGUAACAGUGCUGUCAUAUAAUCAGGCAACAAAUAAUUACAGCAAGUAACGGCAUGAUACUGAGUGUGAUGUUGCUUUUAUACUGUCAAUUUAGUGGACAAAAGUAAGUGUAAAAUGAGUAAAGAAAAGUCAUAUAACACCAUGAAUUUAUGAUUUGCUAGAGCUAGUUCAAAAUGCAUCAGCUAAUUCACAUGGCUAUGCUAAAACUAGCAAUAAUAGGAAGGACUGUUUCUGAGAAGUUAAUUGAUUUACGAGAAUUUGUGUAAGAUAGAGUGAUAAAGAAAGUGUGUGUUAUUGACUUUAAAAGUAAACUUAAACAGUAUUGUUACAAUAGGUGGGAAUUGAUACAAAACAUAGUCCUACGGUUAUAUGUCAGCAUUGUAUGGCUCUUGUGCAAUCAGAUUACCCCAUACAGCAAAAACUAUAUUUCUCUGGCCAAAAAUAUAUUUUAAAUAUAUGCAAAAUACAUUUUGUAGAAAGUAAUGCUCAAUUAAAUAUAUUUUAAAUAAAUUUAGUUUUAACCUUCAUAUAUUUCAAAAUGUAUUUCAAGUGCAAACAAAUAUAUUUCUUAUUUUACAUCCCAUAUGGCAAAAAUGUAUUAUUUAUUUAGAAUUUUUUUUUUAAAUAUAUGUUAAAAGUUAAUUUUAUAAAGUAUAUUUUUGAUGUUGAAACUAUAUUUAACUUGAACCUUUUUAAAAUGGUUAUGUUUACAGGUGCGUAACAAAAACAACGUUUUUCUUUCAAUGCAAGGUUAAUAUAUGUCCUUGGAUUGAAAUAUAUGGAAGGCUAAAAAUGUUUUAUGCUUUCAAAUGUAUUUGGCAAAAAAUAUAUGGGUGAAAAAUAUAUUUUUGUAAACAUAUUCCAUUUUUCCAUUUUUGUAUAUUUUGAAAUAUAUUUAAAAAUAUAUUUAUUUGCUGUAUGGGACAAAACAAAACAUCAUUUUUGUUAGUCUUAAAGCACUUUAACUCGCAUAUCAUUUUGUGCUAAGUUAAUUUUAGUAUGAUCACGUAAGCUAAUGCCUUAUCAGUAAAAGGGUGUGUUUCUUUGCUUGUAAACAACUUCCUCCAAUCCGUAGCUAUAAUCUUUAAGAUUGUGUGCCUUUAUGCAUUUUAUCUGGCUGUCAUUAACACAUUUUACCGUCAGUGUGUAUUCAACUGUUUCUCAUUCACAUUGUUUUCAUAUGUUUCCCUUUGAAAAUGAAUGGAACGUUGUUUUGAAUAGAAAUACUUGGGUGUUGAUACCCCUGCAGGAUAUCUGAACCUUGGUCAGGGUGGGGAACCACAGAGUCAGCAUGACAAUAUUUAACUUUUACUUUGGCAGGCGAUUUUAUCCAAAGCAACUUACAAUGCAUUUAUAAUAUACGUGUAAGCAGUAAGUUUAUACCCUGGGAAUCGAACCCAUGACCUUUGUGCCGUUAACACAAUGCCCAACCAGUUGAGCUACAAGAACACUCAGAUUUUCUUUAAUACUUUAAUGAAAAGAGUGGAUGUGAGUGCAAGAAUGUAAGUGAUAUAAAGUUAAGAGUUCAGUUCCCAGCACAUAUAGCUUUAAUGCAGUGCAAGUUGAUUCAAAUAAAGCGUCUGCCAGAUGCAUUAAGGAUAUUUAUUCUAAGCUGACUGUACAAUACUUUGACUUAAUUUGUAUGGUUGUAUGCACUUUUCUUGUUUCAUAUAGUGCUAAUGUAAACGCAGUACAGUAAGCUUUUUUGAGGGGGUUUAUUUUGGGACAUUGCACAUUAUCAUGAUAAAUAGAUUAUCCUGUUUAUCGCUCGACCCUUUAGCAAAUGACUAAAAAAAAAUAUUGAUUGAAAUUUAAAUUACUAUGGGAGAGGAAAGCGACAAUUGAAAUAAAAUCACUUAAUUGUAAUAUGAAAAUAAAGUUAAAGUUUAACAUGAGUGAAUGUAUGGCAGUCCAUACUCAUUUAACCCAUUCCAGUUAUUAAACACACACAAAAUUGGGUAGCUAUUACUGUAGUGCCUGUUUACAAGUCCAACUAAUUGAUGACCCAUGUUUUAGAUAUUUGUAUAUUUGUAGGUAAAUUUUUGUGCGAACGAAUUUACUAGUGUUAAAGGUGGUGUGUGUACAUUUUAGCGGCAUCUAGUGGUGAGAUUGUGAAUUGCAACCAACAGCUCACCCCUCAAUUUCGAAACGCGUAAGGUAGCUGCAACAGGACCAACAGGUCAUCGUCUGUGUAGAGCAGUUUGUCCGUUUAUGGCUACUGUAGAAACAUGACGGCAAUUUCCAUGUAAGGGGACCCACGGUGUAUGUAGAUAAAAACGCCUCAUACUAUGGUAAUAAAAAAAAUUAAGGUUAUUUUGUAAGGUCUUUAUACACCAUAAUGAUAAUAUAGUUAUGUUUAUUAUAUUGCAUUUCUAUCAAGAGAUCAUUCCAGAAGUAAAACGAUGCACUUUAAAAAUAUUUUGAAUGUUUUUGUACUGAACAUGACGUUCAUGUGCAGGUUAAAUUUGACUGAUUAUAUUGAUUAUUGUAACUUUUUAUUAUUAUAAUUGUUCUUUAUUGUCUUGAUUUUAAAAUGGUUUCUGUGCGCUGUUCAGUCUGUCACACACAUUUUAUAAUUGGCAUUAAUGUUUUGAAGUGUUGUACAAUACAUUGAAGCGACGACAGUAUUGUUGUUAGAAACAUAAAUAAUGUAUAGUAUACAAAAUAACACACAAUGUUCUGUUAAAAUUUUCAUCAUACUAUUAUGUAAUGGAAUAACCCAUGAAAUAUUGAGAAGGCUCUGAUACAAAUAAAAAAUAACCUGAAUACAUCAGCUGUUUAGCGGCUGUUCGCAUUCGAAUGUAGGCUAUUUCUCAGUAUGUGGUUUUAAACUGCUUGGUUUGAGUCAUGCAAGUUUUAUCAUAUUGAUAACACAAUGCUCUCACUUUCUAACAAAUUAAGAACACUGUGUCCUUUGUCAGAUUAAUUUGUCUUGCCAUGCACUACUUGCAUUAGUAUAAAUAUAGAUUACAUGUAUGCUGUUGUAUGUUGCAUCUUCCCAAAAUGUCCAUGUGAUUGUUAUACAACACUUCUCUCUGUUUAAUGUCUGCUAUGUCUCAACUUUAUUUAUGUUUGAAAGUUCUUUAUUUUUAAAAUCAAGUGAAUGUUUAUUUGUAUUCCCUUAUGUAUUUGAAAAAUAAAUAUUUAUUGUUUAUCUGGA